AUGAUUGAGAUUGCAGAGCCACAGAGGGUGCACAAUAUCACAUGUGCAUGCGGCCCGCCCGGCGCCACUGGGCCGGCAGCAGUCACGGUAACGGAGACGCACACAGUCACAGCGCCGACUGUCACGGUAACUCAGGCGCCAGGGCCCGGUUCGUCUGCCGGAAAUACGGUUGUCAGUCAGCCAGCCUCUGUGCCUACUCAGAUCGUGUAUGUCACGGCCGGGUCCACCAUAAAACCCGAGACCGUCACCGUCACCGCUCCGGCGGCUAUUGUUACAGAGACUCGCACAUUGUACGUGACGGAUGGAAGCACGAUCCCGGCCUCCACGGUGUUUGUGACGGCCACGGCCACUGCUAGCCCUGUGGUGACGACUGCCACCAUUGUGCAGACGCAGCCCCCACGGACCAUCUAUGUCAGGGGCAGCGACACAAUUGUGCCAACCGUCGUCACCGUCACCGAGUCUCCGACAGGCCACCCGGCUCCUAUCACCACCACCACGGCCGCCCAGGAGACUGGCAGUGACGGCGGCUACCCUACCAGCAGCAUCGUCCCGCCGGCAGACCACCACUGCCACAAGAAUGGAACGUGCCACAAUCACCCCGGGACCUACAGCGUUACCCAGAUUGACCUACCGACAUUCUGCGGUAUUUCCACCGUCAUGGAGACGGUACACAGAACCGUGACGCAGACGGUCUACCCAUCGGAUCCCUCCGCAGCUCCCACAUUGUCCAGCGGUGGCAACUCGACAGUGUCCGUCGGCGGUACCGGAUCUCCAAUCAUGCCCGUACACACUGUGAUUCCCCCACGGCUUAGAGAUGCCAGGUUCGAGGAGAUGCGAGGUCAUUAUUACUAG